AUGUGGGCGCCUACGCUGCUCGCCCCUUCAACCCUAAGCCACCUCCACCUCCUCCAACAGCACGAGGAAGCGCACGCGAGGCGGCUGCUGCUGUCCGACGCCCCUUCCUACUCUCUGCCCCACAGCUCGACCACGAGCGCGGACGACUCGCUCAACGCCAAUGUCGUCAUGGUUCUCGCCGUUCUCGUCUGCUCCGUGGUCUGCGCGCUGGCGGUGAACGCCAUCGCCCGCUGCGCCUUGGUCGUGCUGAAGUGGGCGCGGUCGAGGCCCUGCGCCCCGCUGGAGUGCUGGGAGCGCGACGGGGGCGGGAGGGAGGAGGCGCUGACGGCCCUGUCGAGCUUCGUUUACCACCCUGGGAUGGGGGUGCCCAAGGCGGGGCCGGAGUGCGCCAUAUGCUUGUGGGAGUUCGUGCCCGGGGAGCGCGUCCGCCUGCUGCCUAUGUGCAACCACGGGUUCCACGUCGGAUGCGUCGACCGGUGGCUCGCUUCGCGGCCAUCGUGCCCGACGUGCCGGCGCAGUCUACCGAGUUACGUGGGGGCCGUGGGUGUGCACAGUUGA